CGUCCUUACCGUAAUUACCCUGCUUGUGGCGCAGCGGGGUUCAGACGGCGGCUGGCUUGAGCACGGCUCCGCACUCGGCAGCUCACUUGACCGCAGUUGCCUGAAGACUCGACGGGACAAUGGCUGACCAACUCACUGAAGAGCAAAUUGCUGAGUUCAAAGAGGCGUUCUCGCUGUUUGACAAGGAUGGUGACGGCACCAUCACCACCAAGGAGCUGGGGACCGUGAUGCGCUCUCUGGGACAGAACCCCACUGAGGCCGAGCUGCAGGACAUGAUCAAUGAGGUGGAUGCUGAUGGUAAUGGCACAAUUGACUUUCCUGAGUUCUUGACCAUGAUGGCCAGAAAGAUGAAAGACACCGACAGCGAGGAGGAGAUCAGAGAAGCAUUCAGAGUCUUUGACAAGGACGGUAAUGGCUACAUCAGUGCCGCUGAGCUACGGCACGUCAUGACCAACCUUGGGGAGAAGCUCACAGACGAGGAGGUGGACGAAAUGAUCCGUGAGGCUGACAUUGAUGGAGAUGGGCAGGUCAACUAUGAGGAGUUUGUCCAAAUGAUGACCGCCAAGUGAGGAGCGCUCUCACAUUUCCCUCCGUAACGUUGCUUGUCCUUCUAAGAUCACUGUCUUUAAGUACUACAAAAUAAACCCAAACAGUUAUCAAGCUAAAAAGACAAAACAUAGCCCCAAAAUUCACUAUCUAUUGAAUUUUGCAAUGUGUGCAUCGAUACAUCCAGCUACUUCUAAGGUAUCUGUUUAGAACACACCAACAGAAUAAUCCCUAGAGAAGUUAAUGGACCAAGCUUUAAGAGGGAUGAAGCCCCAUACUCCAGACCAAGAUCCUGCUGAGUCACCCAGCUCCUGACUAAAUUAGAGGAAAGAGCAACACUGAAGAGGCAAAGGAAUAGGAACCCAUGCCACAGAUUGUUCAGAGAAGCCGACUAUUACAGUCUUUCGAAUAUCCCCCACAAAAGAAAAUUGACAUUGCCUCUAGCACCAAUGGCAGUUGAGACUCUCUCAGUACUGAAUUGGGUUCUAGUACUCUUCUUGCAUGCACCUUUUCUGUGGCGGUCUCUUGUCACGACGAGGUGGUUCUGAUCCCAUCAGAGGUAGUGGUCAGAUUGUGUACACACUGGAGGUAUAUACAUUAAUAUAUAGCUAUAUAUCUGUAAAAUUUGUGUCACUAUUGGUUAUUGCAAGAGAAAACAUUUAUGUGUAGGAUGUUGCACUGGUGCUAGGUUGAAGAUGAGUUUUCCUCCAACCUCAAACAGGUUGGACAGGAACAGGCGAUAGAAAAAUGCUGAAUGUUUUAUUUUUUGUUAUUAUUUUUUCUAUCUUGUCAUUUUCCUUUUGGGACGGGAUGUUUUUUCUUUUGAACUGUGGGCUUUACUUUCCCUGCAGCACUGAUUGGAGGCGGAGUAGUAAUGUAUAUCUUCAGGAUGAUGGAUUGUGAAAACACACUUUGAGAGGAUUGCGGUUAAAACAUUUAAUCUGCAAACAGAUAUCCUGAUGUUACAAUAUCAAUGUAAUGCUUUUUAAAUGUGUUAUCAAAUAUUAAUGUAUUAAUUACAAACUUUGGUCACAAAAUAUAUCUAUAUAUAUUAGUGUAUCGUAAAGUUUGCAUUGCCUAUUGUUGUAGUAUAUGACCUGUGACAUGUUUUUUUCCUUGGUUUUGAAAUGUGCCAUAAUACUCUUUAACACCUCAACCUUCUUGCAAGACAACUUGUAGUUAAUUAGAAUAUUAUAAAUAUACUUCAUACAUAUAUAAAUAUAUAUAUAUAAUAUACAGUAAACAUAUAUUUGCACUUUGGUGUAAACCAUAUUGAUAUUUAAAAAGGUUUUGUUCUAAAAGAAAAAAGAAACCAAAUUUCGCUGUUGUUGCUGCUGCUAGAACCACUCAAAUGUGUCACUCAUUUUUUGUCCUUGUUGGUGUCUGAUCCUCACUCCGUAGUCCAGUGAUUCCAACUUCAAUCUGCUUGCUGUUCUACAGGACAGAAUACAUAAAUAUAUAAAUAUAUAUAUAUAUUCACAAAUCGUUCUUUUGGUGGGGGUGAUUAUAUUUCAAAUGGGUCACUAGAAUUGGAAUUUCAGAUGGGAAUGAAUUUGAGGUGUAGCAAGGGGUUAUGCUUUAGAGAGGGCGCUGGUUUGAGUAUUGGGUUUUUGAACCGUUGACUGACUUUAAUAGGCGAGUUAGCUGAGGUGCCUAGUAGUUCCUCAAAGCUAUAAACCUAGCAACUGGUUUGUUUUUUGAGUCAUUUAAAUUGGUUACUCUUGAUUCAAAUGUGGAGAAAGAAAUGGUCAUGGACUGUUAACUUCUGAAAGUUAUCUUAAAAUGUAAAGAUGUGAUAUAUUAUUUUCCAUGAAUCAAUAAAUUGAAUGAGCUUCACUUCA